UCUAAAAAUCAGUAUUGAUCCGACGAACUCAUCCGACAGACACCAUCAUCAUAUAUUAUAUAUCAACAUAAUAUAACAACCGUCGUCGUAGACAAUUGUUACAAAGUUUCUCAGUUCCACCUGCAAAAAUCAUGUCUGUCUCUAAAGUGGUAAUGCGUUUCACCGGAAUAACUGCUCUGCUCAUGGUGGCGGGCUGCUCUUCGCAGACGGUGCAACCAGCACCGGUGCCGAUCGUUUCGACUUCACCACCGUCGUUGUUGCCGCAGCCAUCGCCUUAUUUCAACGGCUUCAGACCGAACGGAGCGUACCCACCACAGUUCAACGGCGUAUACCCGCAACAGUUCAACGGCGCGUACCCGCAACAGUUCAACGGCGUGGUGCCGCCACAGUUCGCUCAGCGGUACUACAACGGUCAAAACCCCGCGUACAACGGACAAUUCGUGCCGAUCUUACAGCAAUCGUUCGAUCUCUCCCCGGAGGGUAGUUACACUUUCAGUUACCAGUCCGCCGACGGAACCCAGAGACAGGAAUCGGGUGGUCUGAGAUAUCCGGCCGUACAAGGAUACCCGCCAGUGAUGGCCGUCCAAGGAUCAUACUCAGCGAUAACUCCAGAAGGAGUUCCAAUUGAAGUUGCAUACGUAGCUGAUGAAAAUGGAUACCAGCCAACUGGACCUGGAGUCCAUCCGGCCAUUCAACGAGCAGUAGCCCAACAAGUGGCCCAAGCCAAACUAGAACCACCACAAUUCAACAAAUAAUAAUGCCUUUAAUGUCUCAACGUGUAAUGAUAUGAUUCCAAACCCGAAAUUUGUAAAAACUUUAAUUAAAGUCCAAUAAAGCGAUAUGUACAUUGAACAAAAAAAAAAA